CUCUCCCUCUCUCUCUCCCUCUCUCGCUCUCUACGAAAACACUUUCGGGAAGAAUAAAGUUUUUUUCCUCACACGGACCUGCACUCAGCCCAGCCUUUACCCAGAGCCAAACCGUGGCCUAGCAGGAAGAACGGCUCGACUAUGUGGAGACAGAAACGGGCACUUGGGGAAUCCUUGGCUUGUCUCGUAUUUCUUGUGACGCUCGUCGAUGCCUAUCGAUUCCUGAGCCAGAGCACAGCCUCCCAGUUCCUGAGCAGGCACAGGCGAGCCAACUCUCUUUUUGAGGAGAGCAAGAAGGGCAACCUGGAGAGGGAGUGCAUUGAGGAGCUGUGCAACAAGGAGGAGGCCAGGGAGAUCUUUGAGAAUCAGCCGGAAACGGAAUACUUCUAUCCCAAAUAUGUUGUGUGUCUGGGUUCACACCGUGUUGGCAUUAACAACCAGAACUCGGAUUCUGCCAUCCCAUCGGACCUUCGCACCUGUGUGAAAGAGAUCAGUAACCAGUGCACACCAUUUCCAUGCUACAAGGAGGGGUCCGAGGGCUGCGUGGACGGCCAGGCCUCUUUUACAUGCAUAUGUAAGCCUGGCUGGAAGGGGCCGCACUGUGAGGACGACAUCAAUGAGUGUACAGAUGCUGAAUUUCUGGCGGGAUGUAAUCAAAAAUGUCACAACCUCCCAGGAAGUUUCCACUGCACAUGUGAAGAGGGCUACUUCAUCAGUGAUGGAGUCAACUGCGUGGAUAUCAAUGAAUGCCUGCUGUAUCCCAGUAUCUGUGCAGAACCGGCUAAAUGUGUAAACAUGCCUGGCAUUUAUGAGUGCCAGUGUCCCCUGGGUUUUAAAUAUAACUUCACCUCCAGAACCUGCGAUGAUGUGGACGAGUGUGAGUUGAACAUGUGCGACAACACUUGUAUAAACACGGUGGGCAGCUACGCGUGCUACUGCGAUGGUCGUGAGGGCCUUCGUUUGGCCAAGGAUGAACGAUACUGUGAGAGAAUCCCUGUUUGUGUGGACCUGUACGACCAUAAACACUCUGAGAUGCUUUACCUGGGGGAGCAGUUUGCCGGCCUACCUGUCAUCUAUCUGCGUUUCCGUCUGCCAGAGAACACAAAGUUUGCAGCAGAGUUUGACUUCCGUACAUUUGACCCAGAGGGAGUUGUUCUGUAUGCUGAGUCUUCACAGGACUCGUGGUUCAUGUUGGGGCUGAGGGGUGGCCGCAUUGAGGUCCAGUUCAAAAACCAGCACACAUUCAAAGUCACCAGCGGAGGAAAAGCCAUAAAUGAUGGGCAGUGGCACGUGAUCUCUGUGGAUGAACUGGAGAGCAGCAUCAGUGUGAAGAUCAGCAAGGAAGCUGUGAUGAGCAUCAACAGCCCUGAGAGUCUCUUUACUUCUGUCAAUGGCAAACUGGAGACCAAGGUCUACAUCGCUGGUCUGCCCAACCGCACUGACAACGUCAUCAAACCUAUCAACCCUCGACUAGAUGGCUGCAUCCGGGGCUGGAACUUAAUGAAUCAGGGGGCAUCUGGGGUAAAGGAGGUCAUUCAGGAAAAGAAGAGUAAACAUUGCUUUGUGUACGUGGAACGAGGAUCUUUCUUCACUGGGGAAGGACUGGCACACUUCAACAUUGACUACAGUGACUCUGGGAGCUGGAAUGUGGAUUUAAAGAUGAAUAUACGUCCGUCCAGCAGCACUGGAGUCCUCUUUGCUCUUGUCUACAACAAAACAGUCCCACUGUCGGUUGCUGUGGUAACAAAGGGGGAAGAAGAAGCUAAUUUGCAAGUGUUCUUGGAUGGUGUCUCUGUGGCAAGGCUGGACACACUGAUGUUGUGUUACCCUGAGCGGCUGAUGCUGCAGCUUAAUGUCACUCCCACAGAAAUCCAGAUCUCAGCCAACUCCUCCACCAUUACCUACAUGGCGUCUGAUGCCCUGCAGGAGGCACUGGAACGCCUCAACACCACCAUGCAGAGCCCCGUCAGUACAUAUAUUGGUGGGAUACCAGACAAUGUCCCGUUACCUGCCACCCCUGUGACAGCGUUUUACCACGGCUGCAUGGAUGUCACUAUCAACGGUCAGCAGCUGGACUUUGAUGAGGCUCUCAGCAAACAUAACAGCAUUAAGUCCCAUUCCUGUCCUCCUCUCUCUGCCCCCGAAAGCCACCGUGAUGAAUCACACCUGCAGAAAAAGUGACCUUAAUUAACAGCGGCAUCACAUUAAAAUGCCCUCAGAUUAGGCAGCGUCCCACAGUGGCUGCUUCUUGGGAUAUUUUGGAAAGAGAGAUAUAUAGAGGAGAUGAGAUAGGAGGGGGGAGGAGGAUGAGAAAGACGUGACAAGAAGAGGAGAUAGAAAUAGACGGGUUAUAGUCAUUUUUGUCGACUUUCUCUGAUGGGUUUAUUAUAAGCGUUGUCUUGUGCCUUUCAUCCAUGCAGUAUUAUUGCUCCUGUCCUGGGAGUAUUUUGUUCAGUUUUUUGGUAAGUUUUCAGUUUUUUAGCAAGGCACAAUGAAGCUGGCUUGCCAGUGAGUUAGUCGGAAACUGGAUGGCUGGAUGACAUAGUUGUAGCAGUUUGUUGCAAUGAAUUAAAUUCUUUCCGAGAAACUUUGAAAAAGAGCUGAGCUCUGUAGCACACGGACCAUGUGUUGAGCAGGAGAUGGUUAUGUUUGUGUAGAAACAUCAACAAAUGGUCAAAGUUGACCAGGCUGUGAGACCACCUGCAUCUUUUUCCCUGCUGUUGAAUCAUGGUACUGUCUCUAAAUUCUCCUCAGCUCUGGCCUCACGGAGGCAGACGUCUGGAGACAACCAGCUGAAAUUGUGGUGGUUGGUUGUGGAGAUGAAAACCACAGAGGAGAAAGCUGAGCCUCCAGACUUUCGAUCCAAUUCUCUUGCAUUUUCUUCUUGAUUGAAUCACCAUCCUUUAUUGGAGCUCUGCCUUCCUGAAGUGGUUUAGUAACAUUAAGAAACAUGGUUUAUCAUGUUAUUGUUCCCAGAUCCCACCACGGUUGUAUACACCUCUGAUUAUGGCUGGUCCUGCAAGACUUUUACAGCUUCCAUUGUUCUUCUAUUUCUGUUCCCAUCUUCAGGGUUCUCCUGUGUUCAGAAUUCAUCUUGUAUAUAAAACGAGCCAUCUUUAAUAUAUAACUUAAAUUUAGUUGUUCAGUGUUGUUUGUUUUAUGUUUGUAAAAAUAAAACUGUAUCAAACCACCUUAA